GAGAGCAAGAGAGAUCAUAUCAAAAAGAAAAAAAAAAGAUGGAAUCUCAAAAACAAGAGAGAAGCGUGAAGGAGAUGAAAAGAGUCACAAAGAUCAUAGCAUUGGCAUCAAUUUUCUCAUUUAUACUAUCUUACUGUUCUUUAAUAUCUUCUCUUCAACAAAAACUUCAGUUGCUGUCCAUGUAUACCAACCUUGUUGACAAGAAGUACAUGUUCUUGCUAUGCAAUGGGAUUGUUGGCUUUAUCCUUGGGAGUUUCCGCGGGAAUUCUGAAACAAGUCUACAUGAUAAAGCCAUUAACACCAUUGAACGAACAAGAGAAGUAAGGACCAAAGAAACAAAAGUCAAGAAAGAAACAAAAGUCGUCAAGAAAGUAGUAGUGGCACUACUUGAAGAAAAGAGUGUUGCUAAAGAAGAAGGCAGAGUUGUUUUGUUCAAAGGAGGAGAAGAAGAAGAAGAACAAGAAGUGCAAGACCUCGCUAUCGUUAGAAUAGAUGAUCAUGAUGAUGACAAUGGGAUGAGUGAUAGUUUGUUAAGUUCGGAAGAAUUGAACAAGAGAUGUGAGGAGUUCAUCAGGAAGAUGAAGGCUGAGAUUCGAGGCAAGAGAUGAAUAUAAAUCUCUUUAAGUCUUGGAUAGAUGACUUUUAAUUUCUAGAGUUUAGUUUAACUAUCUUUAGUAUUCUGUAUAAGGCAUGAGAAGUUUUUGAUUUUUUCGCUCUUUCGACGAUUCGACUCUGUAUUUUUGCUGCCCACUUCAAUUAUGUAUGUGGUCACUUUGUUUUUCUUGUAUCAUGUCUCGUGUGGAUAUGAAGCCAUGAUAUAACCAAUUCUAAUGUUAUGUA